AUGUGUUACUACGGCAGCUACUAUGGUGGCCUGGGCUAUGGCUAUGGUGGCCUAGGCUAUGGCUAUGGCUGUGGCUAUGGCUGUGGCUACGGUGGCUAUGGUGGCUAUGGUUAUGGCUGCUGCCGCCCACUGUGCUGUAGAAGGUACUGGUCUUAUGGCUUCUACUGA